CUAAUUUUAUCCAAGACUGCCAUUCUUAACUCUCUGCCUGAUGCAAUUUCCUCAUAGUACCCUUCAAUCACCCCAUGCAUGAGUAUUCAUUGAACUCUCUGCUGCUAUUACCAAAAGGGUGUUGCAGUCAUUUCACUGUGUAUGAAAACGAUGGUCGCACUUUCAGCCUAGAAAAUCCAGCGACGGUCCAGAAAAGCAACGAAAUACGUGAAGAAACCAGAAAAAUUAUUUUAAAAAAUCAAGACUUUAAAAGGGACGGGAAGAAGAUGAUGGGAGACAGGCCUGUUUGAUCACUGGGAAAGUGCUUUUGGGGAGGGAGAGAGAGAGAGGGAAUAUUUGCAGAGAGAGGCAAAGGCAUGCAAAAUCUGAGACCCACAUCACACACAAUCAUCAAAAGCAUAGACAGACACAAACCUUUGAGCCCAUCACUGCUUUAUUUUCCUUUUUUCACUUUAAUAAGGGUAUUUGUGAGUGUUGGGGUUUUCUUUUACAGUUAAAAGAGACAUCACACUCAUUAUUCCUCCUUGCAACUAUCUGUUCACUGGUUCCCUUGAUGCUUGACAUUAGUGCUCCUUCUCAAUGAUUUUAAGCACUCCUGGACUUCAAAACUAUGAGAUACAAGAUGGGUUUUCAAGGAGGUUUCUGAAUUCCACACUCCUCGGUACUUGUUUCAGACAAAGUAAAAUUUUGAUUUUAGGGUUCCCAGGAUUAACUUCAAUUGCCGUAACUUGAUUUCAAUAAUGCUGUAAGUUCUUGUUAAACAUGGCUGAAAUUAGACUUACAAGUGUAGAACAAGGCCAAACCAAGAUUCGAAAUGUCCCAAUUGCUGUAACACCAGAAGGUUUUUGGUGUUGUCCUUCUCCUGUUGGGUUUCAAAAGACCGUUAAAACUCAAAAUCCACUAAACAAAACCAAACCAUCUUCACCACCACCUAAGACUACUGUCCAAAAGAAACAAGCUCCAUUUAAUGAGAGAAAGCCGCCACCACCAGCUCCAUUAAGACCUGUAGUUGUUUCUGAUGACCAGCGAAAUUGCAGCUCAGAUACUCCUAGUGUUAGUGCUUCUGUUGUUAAUGAGAGAGGAUCGAGGCCCAAAAUAGAAAGUUUGCCAAGGAAAGUGGCGAUAGAGUUUGGGGAACCUGGAACCAGUGAUAUGAAGGUGGUCCUACUUGGAAAGCAAGGAUUUUGUGUGAAGCUGAGUGUCCACAAGAAUGUCUUAGUGGAGAACAGCAGCUUUUUUGCUGAUAAGCUUUCUGGGGAGGAGUUUAAUAUGUCCUGUCUUGAGAUUGACGAUUGUGAUGAUGUUGAGAUAUAUGUUGAAACCGUGGGACUGAUGUAUUGCAAAGAAAUGAAGCAGCGGUUGAUCAAGCAAACUGUCUCGCGUGUGCUUCGAAUUAUCAAGAUUGCUGAAUUUAUUGGCUUCAACUCAUGCAUUCAGUCAUGCUUGGAAUAUUUGGAAGCAGUUCCAUGGGUUGGGGAGGAAGAAGAAGAAAAGGUGAUCUCUUCAGUUCUACGACUCCAGAAUGAAGGUGUUGGGGUCACACCAGUUUUGAAACGAGUCUCUUCUGAGGUUGUUAAUCCGCCUAAGGACACACUUUCCCACAUAAUGGAACUUGUUCUUACAAGCAAUGAAGAGAGAGGCCGCCGUGAAAUGAAAUCUGUGGUACUGAAACUCCUUCGAGAGAACAAUAGCCUUCCAAGUUAUUCAGGUUCAGCUGACAUCUGCAAUGAAACCAUCUACAGUUCAUGUAGAAGUUGCUUGGAUUCGCUGUUGUCUUUAUUCAGGCAAGCUGCAGAACCUGAGUUUGCUAAUAAACCUAUGGACAGUAGGGAACCAGUGGUGAAACGAAUAGCUCUUGAGGCUGAUAACUUAUCAUGGUUGCUUGACAUUUUGGCCAACAGACAAGUGGCAGAUGAAUUUGCUUUAAUGUGGGCUAGUCAGCAGGAGUUGGCAGCCCUACAUGCAAAGCUGCCUAUAGUGUCCCGUUACCAUGUUAGCUGCAUUACUGCAAGGCUGUUUGUUGGAAUUGGAAGAGGAGAGCUGCUACCAUUAAAGGACACUCGUCACCUAUUGUUACAAACCUGGUUACAGCCAUUGAUCAAUGACUACAGUUGGUUACAACAUGGUAGCCGCUCAUUUGAUCGGAAGGUGGUGGAGGAAGGCAUAGGGAGGACAAUCCUGACUCUACCUCUGGAGAACCAACAGAGUAUUUUGCUUGCAUGGUUGGGCAGUUUUUUGAAGGCUGGCGAUAAUUGCCCAAAUCUCCAGAAAGCCUUCGAGGUCUGGUGGCGGAGGACUUUCAUUAGACCAUACAUUGAAACUCAAGGUAAUCUACUCCGGUCAGAUAGCUCAAUGACAUCAAAGCAGUAGAACUAAUGAGUCUGAAAUGAGAGAUCAAUUCAUAUGCAAAGAAGUUGCUUCCAUUUAGGAAGGAGAGAAAUGGUUUCAUUUAGCAAGAGAUAAGGUAGUAAAUCCUUGUGGAAGCAAAACAGUAACACGAUAUUGAUAAACUAUUACUAGUGUAUUUUAUGAGAGUGCAUUGCAGGCUUGUAAAACUUAUUUUUCAGUUGAUGAAAUAUGGGUUGAUUGCUUGAUGUGGAAAUGAAUGAAGAAUUGUAGCUUGAUGUGGAAAUGAAUGAAGAAUUGUAUUGGAAAUUGCUUUUCUCUGCAAUUUUUUCCACUCCAGUAAUGAUUAUGUAAUUGUAUAAGCAUCUAUACAUAUAGAAAGUGAUGUUGUGAGUGUAACCAUUUUCUUCUGAAAUCUAAUAAUAUUGUUAUGUAUGAUUGUAUUGUA